AUGAUACCUCGAUACAACCCAACCCGGGAUCCUGCCAAACGCUCCUCCACUCCCAGUGACAAUGCUGGCGGCGGGGAACUGCCGUACCGUUCAAACCCACUGUUCAGUCCUGGUGACAGCCGACCGAACAAUUCCUUGUCGAAUCCUCCUCCAAAUGUGCCACCGGUGGCUAAUUUUCAACCAAAUCAGCAAGUGGCCCCUCUCAGCUCAGGCGUCAACCGGGCGCCAGCUCAACCAGGUGUUCUCACGACACAUCAUCAAGCCAAUACCAACUGGCAAGCUCCUCAGGCAGGUGUUAGAGGCGGCCAGUCGCAGAUACCUUACCGCUCGGGACCACCGCACACGGGCCCUGGUUCAGGAGGUGGUCGGUUAGAUGGAGGUCCAAAAGUUCAAGGGACACCGAACGUCGACAUUUCAGGGAAACAGCUGCUGGCCAACCAUUUCGCCAUCACGCUCGGGGACUACAGAGAAGUCUAUUCUUAUGAGCUGAAAAUCAGUAGAAUUCAUCGAAAGGCACAAGACGACCAGAGCCAACCCCUUGAGCCUGAGCAUGGCGACGCUCGUGACCAGAAGACACGCCCGAUCGCAAGACAGAAGAAGAGACGACUUGUUUACCUGCUCAUGGAGCAACUCAGGUCGGAAAAGAAGCUUCCAGAUCCCGUCGCCACCGAUUACCUGAAGCUUUUCAUCACAGCGAAGCAACUAGGCCAGGACGUCACCAAACCACGCGACCUCGAUUUCUAUGACGAGUACUCAGCCAGUCCUGUCCCGGGUUGUGACCGCUACCGAGUGGUCUUUGAGAAGCCAAAACUGAUCUCUCUGGCCAAUCUCUUUGCGCACUAUCGUCGACCUACACAAUCACAGACAGCCGUGUCGCAGCUAUCGAUCGAAGCUCUCAAUGAUGCAACGAAUGCACUGAACGUCAUCUUUAGUUAUCUACCUUACCAAAGAUGCUUUUCUAACGAUCAGAAAACGCCCUCGAUGACCACGACAAAAGGGCAGACGUUCUAUGGCAUCGCUCCCCAACCUCCCCCUUCAAAGUCAGAAGACUGGACGACAGAUACCGGCAAAGUGCUGGACAGAGAAGGUGGCCUCUACAGCAUUCCAGGAUUCUCGAGAAGUGUCCGAGGAUCUUAUAGCUCCUCGGGGCACGUCGACCUCAACAUCUACGUCAAAACAGGCUGUUUUUGGCAGCAUGGGAAUGUGCAAGAUAUGAUUGAUGCCUGGAACAUCUACAACGGAUACUGCAAUCUGGAUGAUCUCCAAGAUUUCUUGCGCCGAGCCCCGGUAAGACUGACGUUCCAGGAACAAGGACUUGAUCGGUUCUCCGCGAUCAAAGGUCUUGCGCGCAUCGAUCGAGAGCCACGGGCCGAUAAUUGCCAGAUGCAACAUAUCAACCAACAGCAUUCUGGCAGCCUAGUGAGGGACUACUUCUCCAUGAAGCACAAUUGGCAGAUGAAUCCCCAUGUCUACGUUGUCAAGAUUGGCAAAGAGUCACAAAAAGGGUGCAUGACGGUCCCAGCAAACCUGCUUCAAGUCCUUCCUGGGCGGAUUAAACCAAGGGAGAUACCCCGGUUGUCGACUCGGUACCCAAAUGAAAACUACAACAUGAUUGUCACAGACGGCAGGCGCACAUUUUAUUCGAACAACCUCAGCGAAGGUGGAGCGGCAGCAUUUCGCCUGCAGAUUGACCCCAACAUGGCCAAAGUGCCAGUCACGGUUUUGGCCCGGCCUGAUCUCAUGUACAAAGCUCAGGGAAACCCGAAACAGACCAAAUUCAUCAACGGAGCCUCCAUCAAUGCUGGCCAAUGGAAUGUCCGAGACGCAGCAUUUGUCAAACCAGCUUCCGGGAAGAGGUGGUCCUGCGUCGAGCUCACCGCGAACACCAAGUCGCCGAAAUGCCCAAUACCAGGAAGCACCCAUUUUGUGAACCACCUGAGUCAAGCGUUGCGGAAAUAUGGCAUCGAGAGUUUCGAGUGGACGCCACUGAACCGCAACGACAUGAGCCAACAGCAGUAUGCCGACGAGAACUUGUUUCCAAGGUGGAAGACGGUCUCGAAUUUCCAGAAGCGUUACGCCGCCAUCGAAAAGCUACUCAAAAAUCUCAAAGGAAAAGGGAUCCAACUCGUUGUCCUGCUUCUCCCUUCCGAAGAUCCGGAACUCUACGGCGCCAUCAAACGAGUCGGAGAGCAAGCUGUCGGAAUAUUCACCGUUUGUCAUGUGCUGAGACGAGGAGCUGGUGCGCUUUGGCCCAGAAGCCUUUUACAUCCGGGCAAUUUGAACGGUGGCAUCAACCACGACUUUCUGGCCAAUCUGUGCAUGAAAAUCAACUUGAAAGUGGAUACGACCACCGUCAACCAAGCCUUGUAUUGCAACCCGAAGAUUCUGUCGCCCAAGACAAUGAUCAUCGGCAUUGACGUGGCACAUGGAGGCGGACCAAGAAAGCACUGUCCCAGCGUUGCAGCCGUGGUUGGCAGUGUCAAUGCAGAAUUCUCCCAAUGGCCGGCGAGUCUGCUGGCGAAUCCGUGUUCUACGAAAGAUUAUGAAGAGAAAGAGGCCAACGAGAAGAUAUUGGAUCUCGACAUCCCCGUGUACGAGCGACUUCUGGACUAUUACGAGCGGAACCAUGGAAAAGAUUCAGCAGGGCGAAAGGGCACCGGCGUUCCGGAGCAGAUCAUCGUCUACCGCGAUGGAGUUUCAGAGUCACAGUUCGCCAUGUGCAAGGGCUACGAGUACGGCAAGAUCGGAGCAGCUCUGGGCAAGCUUUUCCAGCAAAAGGGUCUGCCGGUCGAGCUUCUGCCCAAAGUCACCCUUAUCUGCGCCAUCAAACGACACCACACUCGUCUCUUCCCGGAUCCCAAUGCACGCUCCCCAGACCGGAGUCUCACGCUGUAUCAGUCGAAUAAAAGUGGCGGCGUCAACAACAAUCCCCUCCCGGGCUGCGUGGUCACGGAGCGGAUCACCUACGGAGAGGGCAACGACUUCUUCCUUGUGGGCCAGAAGGCCAUUCAGGGCACGGCCAUCCCGGUGCAUUACGUCGUUCUGCAAAACCCGCACAACUACGACAUCAAAGAUAUCGGCGAGAUGACAUAUCACUUGUGCUAUCUCUUUGGCCGCUCGCGCACUUCCGUCGGACCAUGCACGCCCGUCUACUACGCCGACCUGGUCGCCGACCGCGCGAGGUGCUUUGUCCGAAGAUUCUACAACCCUCCGAGAGACGACGACAAUCCAGUCACGCCGUUCGAUGACAGCGAACUGCCCGCGUUCAAGUACUGCCUCCGGCUCCACCCCGACGUCGCAAAACACAUGUUUUACAUCUGAGCGCGUGAAGUGUGGGGAUGUUGUCGCGCUAUUUGUCGGCAUAGCAUACGGACGGGUCUUGGAUGGUUGCGCGAUGGCAAUGAUACCACAGCGUCCUUUUUCUUCUUCUUUUCUUUCAUCAAGCGGCUUUCAUGGGAUCGAAAACCGACACAGGCUACAAAGGAAUCUCGUGCUGGUGGUGGUUUUUCACCUUCUCGACUUUCCCUCUCUUCUCAUCGAACCCCUUUUUGUCUCCGACGUCCUUGGGAAGGGAGGGUGCUAGAAAAUGCAUGGCUGGAUAGCUGGAUAGAUA